UGGACGCUGUGGUUGGUUGGACUGUAGGAGGCUAAAGCUGCAGUGCUGCAUCUACCAGACGUCUCUCGCCCUACGAGCUAAUGAUGCGCCCGUCCCUGUUUAUUAACUCCUGGCAAAGUGACAAGUAACAACAUGUAGAAUGUAAUCGACUAUUGUCUGUUUCCAACGCCUUCUCGUUAAAGGAAACGGACUUGUGUGAAUGAGAGGGCUGACAGUAGCAGCAGAGUCCGGGCCCUGAAUCUCCAUCAUUAGAACAACCUGCUACCAACGUUAGCAAGCUGCCAUAUAAGACAUAUUAUUUUCGUUGUCAGCCGGUUUUAACGCUUCCAGUCGGUAACAUGGAUGAAUGACAUUGGCUGAGUUGUGUCGUAUCACGGUGUGAUGUAUAUAUGUGUCCGCUGUGUUUUACAUUAGCAUAAAAACCACACAGGAGAAUGAAUGCAGAGGAAGUGGAGCUGCUCGGUGACUCCAAGUACAGGAACUAUGUGGCAGCAGUGGACAAAGCCCUCAAGAACUUUGAGUACUCCAGUGAGUGGGCAGAUCUCAUCUCUGCACUGGGGAAACUUAACAAGGUUUUGCAGAACAAUGCAAAAUAUCAAGUUGUUCCCAAGAAGCUGACGAUAGGUAAACGGCUGGCUCAAUGUCUCCACCCCGCUCUACCCAGCGGGGUCCACCGCAAAGCUUUGGAGACCUACGAGAUCAUCUUCAAGAUCAUUGGCCCCAAGAGGCUAGCCAAAGAUCUCUUUCUGUACAGCUCUGGGCUCUUCCCUUUACUCUCCAAUGCUGCUAUGUCUGUGAAGCCUGUGCUGCUUGGGCUCUAUGAGACCUACUACCUGCCCCUGGGGAAGACUCUGAAACCAGGCCUACAGGGGCUUCUGACUGGGGUCCUGCCUGGUCUGGAGGAGGGCUCGGAAUACUAUGACAGAACCAACACCCUGUUGGAAAAGGUGGCUGCAGCGGUGGAGCAGUCGGCCUUCUACAGUGCCUUGUGGGGCAGCAUCCUGACCAGCCCUGCUGUGCGUCUCCCCGGCAUCUCCUUUGUUCUCCUGCACCUCAAUCGCAAACUCUCCAUGGAGGACCAGCUCUAUGUCAUAGGCAGUGACAUUGAGCUCAUGGUGGAGGCAGUCAGUACCUCAGUCCAGGACUCCAGUGUGUUGGUGCAGAGGAGCACUCUGGACCUGAUCCUCUUCUGCUUCCCCUUCCACAUGAGCCAAGCGACUCGUCCCGACAUGAUUCGGAUCCUUUCCGCAGCUUUGCAUGUGGUUUUGAGAAGAGACAUGUCCCUGAAUCGCAGACUCUAUGCCUGGCUCCUGGGCUUUGAUAACACUGGGGUAAAAACAGGCCCCCGCAGCACUCGACAGAGCAACCCAGAGGAGCAUGCGAGCCACUACUUUAACACCUUCUCCAAGGACAUGCUGGUCCAGGCAAUGGUAGGGAUCUUGCAGGGCAAGGCCCGAGGUGGGGAAGAGGAGAGCAUCCUCAUGCACGACCUCAAACCUUUUCGCAUCCUCAUCAGUUUGCUGGACAAACCUGAGCUUGGUCCCGCAAUCCUCGAGGAUGUUUUGAUUGAGGUUUUUCGGACCCUGUACACGCAGUGCCGAACAGAGCUGGACCUCCAAAACCAGAGUCCAUUCAGCAAAGACCAUACACACCUUAGCAGCAAAUUACGGGAGAACAAAAAAACAGCAGAACUGAUUAAAACUGCCAAUCUCCUGUUCAACUCGUUUGAGCCGUACUACAUGUGGGACUACAUCGCUCGCUGGUUUGAGGAGUGCUGCAGGAGGACGCUGAACAGCAGCACACGAGCACAGCGGCAUUCUGGGAGUAUAGAUUCUCCUGAGCUCUCUCUGGUGGAGUUCUGUCAGCUGGUUGAUUUUCUACUGGAUAUUGUUUCCUUGCCUACUAGAAGCAUGAGGGUAAUCUGCCAGGAGACGUACAUAGAGAUUCAAACAGAGCAUCUUCCUCAGCUGCUGCUGCGCAUGGUAGCAGCUCUGACCUGCCACCUGCAGACUCUGUGUCUCGGGGAGCUCACCCACUGCCUUCGCCUGUGCUCCAAGAUCCUCAGCAAAGUGCAGCCACCUCUGGUGUCCCCUCUGUCCCUGCCCUCAAGCUCCCAGGCUCAAAGUCAUUCUAAGUCCACUGACAACUUCUCGAUAUCAGCCAAAGAUAAAUGCAAAGACACGGACGACAAACAGGCUCUCCCUGUUGCUAUGGAGUUGCCUGGCAGUGGGGAUGUUUUUGAAGAUGGAGAAAAUCCCCGCAGCAGUCGCUCCUCAGAAGGUGGCUUCACAGACUUUGUUCAGUACCAGCAAGACGGACCACAGGAAACAGAAGGAAUCCCCCAUUUUAAUUCAGCGGUCAAAGCAGGCUGUCGCUCCUCAGGCUCAUCUCAGUCUCUGGACAAACCAGUCAUGCAGCGCUGCCUGGAGCACUUCCAGCAGUUUCUCUCCCGACUCAUCACCUUGUAUAUUACCACUGGGCAUGUGGACAGAGCUGAGGGUGAAAGAACUGAGGUCAUGCAGUCAGGGCCGCUGGUCUCAGAAGGUUGGCACUGCAAUUGUCCUGAAUCAUGCUCAGAACCUGGCUCGGUGCAGAGGGAGUGUGUUGCUGCCUUCACUGCUGCCUGUCAGCUGUUCCUGGAAUGCUCCAGCUUCCCGGUCUACAUCGCGGAGGGUAACCUCAAGUCCUCACCCACACAGGAGGAGCAGUUUGACAGUGAGCAGGUUCGUCUGCCAGUGUGGCUACAGUCACUAAUGGAUGCCUGCUGCCUGGCCAGUGACUUCAGCUUGCAGGGCACCGCCAUCUCCCUGCUCAUGGACCUAAUAGGACUCACCCAGUCAGUUGCGAUGGUAGCAGCGGAAAGUGUGGCAUCUGCUGACAGCUCAGAGAUGCCCCAGCCCAAGAGCCCAAGCCAGGGUCGAGUAGCUGUCGUCAUCAGGCCACCGCUCACUCAGGGAAUCCUCAAGUACAUCGCUGACAAGACUGACUUCUUCAAGAAUGUAGCUUUGAUCUUGUGGGACCAGUUGAGUGAAGGAACACCUCAGCACCAUCAACGCAGUGUGGAGCUUUUCUACCAGCUCCACAACCUGGUGCCUUCCUCCAGCAUCUGUGAGGACGUCAUCAGUCAGCAACUUAUGCACAGAGACAAGAGAAUUCGAUUGGAGGCCCACGUGAAGUUUUCUGUGCUAUGGCAUUUGACAAGAGAUUUGAACAUCACCAAGUCCUCUCCGUUUAGUCGCACAUUUGACAGAUCUUUAUUUAUCAUGCUGGACUGUCUGAGUUAUUGGGAUCCAUGUACGAGUGCUGUUGGCCGGGCUUGGCUGAAUCAGGUCCUUCAGAGACAUGACAUUGCUCGGGUCCUUGAGCCACUUCUGCUGCUUCUGCUCCACCCCAAGACCCACCGAGUGUCAAUUCAGAGGGUACAAGCCCAGCGGCACUGGGCCCAGGUCUUUCCAGAUCCACCAGAACAGGAACCAUCAGAAACCAUCUACAACAGGGACUCUGGUUUCUUGGACAACUUCAGUCAGUUCCACGGGGAGAGGAUUACUCAAGAGGAGCUUCAACGCCAGGCGAUGGGCAACAUGGAGCCAUUCUGUCUGAUUGUCAACCCACUGAGUGAUAGCUUGUCUUUGCUGAGUCUGAGCAGUGAAAACUUACAACUGGCAGGUGAAUGUCAGCCCACUGACCAGCAGGGGGAUCCCCAGAGCUCAGAGUCUUCUCGUUCUCGUUCAUCGACAGUGGAGAAUGGCAGCUUUGAGGACCCAGUCAAUGGCUCAGACCAACAGCCUGGGUCCUCAGAUGAUAUGUCAGACGACUCCAUAGAAGAGGUUGUGUCCUCUGUUAUGAAAGAGCUAUUAGAUAGGGUUCUGAGUUUAGCAGAUGAGGAAUCUCUUGAAGUGCCAUCUCCACCUGAGAACUGGCCACAGACUGACACAGAUAGCACUUCCUCAGAUAUCUCAACCGGUGCUGUUGACUGUGCACCUCCACCCAGCUCCACCCACCAGACUUUGCCAGAGAUUCUGGCUGGAGGAACACUGGAGUUCCUCUCUGUCACACAGGCUGAUAUGUUGGCAGAGGAGCAGCACAAAGAGGGCAUCACUCGUCAUAGUUCAUCUCCGUCAAUCAUCACUCUGCCAGACGGCUCAGACCCAAACACUCCAGACCACAACCUGCAGGUAGAUGACCCUCAGGCCCGUAAACGUAGCCACAGCAGCACCCAGCUCAGUCUGAAAGGGAAGAUCAUGGAGAGGCUGGCUGACAAAUCUCCAGGGGCAAAGCCCAAGCUCAAGAAGGCCAAGAGGAAAGAGGAGGAGAGGCUUAGAAAAGCAGCGAUUCAAGCUGAAAAACUGAAGCCACCUAGUAUUUUCUUUGGAGACAGCCUGGAUCUAGAGAACUGGUACAGUUGUGGGGAAGGCGAGGUGUCAGAGAUUGAGAGCGACACAGGCUCACCCAGUGGUGGGCCUGCUGGAAAUGUUGGGGGUGUCAGUGUCCCUGGACGCAGAUCAUCCUCUGCCCCACCUCGUUUUAACAUUCAUCCUCUCUAUCAGCAUGUCCUGCUCUACCUCCAGCUGUAUGACUCCUCCCGGGCCCUGCACGCCCUGUCAGCCAUUGCAGCCAUGUUGAAAGCUGCACCCUCAGGGUUUGUAAGUGCCAUCUCUACCACCAGCAUCAAUAACACCUACACUCCACAGCUCUCCUUGCUCCAAAACCUCCUAGCACGUCACAGAAUCUCUGUCAUGGGCAAAGACUUUUACUGCUCCAUCCCCCAGGACACCCACUCCCACUCUUUUCGCAGCGCCAUGUACCUGGAGAUCAUAAUCUCGCUUUGUCUUUAUUAUCUAAGAAGCUAUUACUCUGCCCACCUGGCAUCAGGCCCUCAGGACUUGGCAGGGAACCGAGCCAUGCAACUCACCAGUGUUGAGGUGUUAGCCGUGCUCUUCAGUGAGCUUGGCAAAGUCACGGGCGGUUCAGCUAAGGGCUUUGCUAGUUUCAUUAGUGACGUCCUCUUCAAGUGCAAAGUUCAAAAGGUGGUGCUCCAUUGCCUCCUCUCCUCCAUAUUCAGCGCCCAGAAAUGGCACGAGCAGCGCAUGGCAGGUGUCAACAUGGCCACAGUGGAGGAGGGUCUGUCAGAAGACAGUGUGAUCAACCUGUCGGAGGACCAGAUUGACAGCUGUAGUGCAGUCCAGUCACAGUUGUUAAGACUGUUGCAGAGCCUCGUUGUACUUGAGCACAAAGUCCUGGGGCCAGCUGAUGAGGGAGGUGAAGGAGGACCAAUGGGAGCAGGGACAGGAGUUGGAGGGACAGGUGGCACUGCAGGGACAGGGUUUGAGACUCUUGGUGCGGAAGUGGAGCAUGUCAACCCUCAGCAGCCCAUGACAUCACUGCAAUACCUCCACGGACAGCCAAUCACCGCACAGGGUAUGUUCCUUUGUGCAGUGAUCAGGGCGCUUCAUCAGCACCAUGCGUGUAAGAUGCACCCACAGUGGAUCGGGCUCAUAACAGCCACCCUACCAUACAUGGGGAGGGUACUGAGGAGGGUGGUGGCCUCCGUCACACUACAGCUGUGCAGGAACCUUGACGACCUACUUCAGCAGUACCGCUAUGAGACUGGGAUAACUGACACUAGACCACAGUGGAUGGCUCUGUGCAUUCCUCCUGACCUGAUUCUGACAGUGCUGGAAGGCAUCACUUCCAUCAUCCACUACUGCCUGCUGGAUCCCACUUCCCAGUACCACCAGUUACAAGUGAGUGUCGACCAGAAGCACUUGGCUGAGGCCCGCUCAGGUAUCCUGUCCAUCCUCCACACUAUCAUGACUUCUGUCACCCUGCUGUGGAGCGUCCUCCACCAGGCUGACAACUCCGACAAACCAGCUGCUGCCUCCGCUGCCUCCACUUCAAACAUCAACCUGGGAUCCACAAAAAACCUGCGUCAGCAAAUUCUUGAGCUGCUGGGUCCAAUCUCCAUGAACCACGGUGCUCACUUUAUGGCAGCCAUCGCUUAUGUUUGGAAUGAGAGGAAACUGGUCAAGACUCCAGUCCGAAAUAAGGUGAUCCCAGUAGCCAGCGAAGAACAGCUGCUGCUGGUUGAGCUGGUUCGCUCAGUGAGCGCCAUGCGCACCGAGACGGUCAUGCAGACGGUCAAAGAGGUUCUGAAACAGCCUCCUGCCAUCGCGAAGGACAAGAAGCAUCUUUCAUUGGAGGUCUGCAUGUUACAGUUCUUCUAUGCCUAUGUCCAGAGGAUUCCUGUGUCCAGUUUAGUCGAUAGCUGGCCGUCUCUGCUGGCACUGCUGAAGGACUCGGUACAGUUAGGGCUUCCUGCUCCGGGACAGUUUCUCAUAUUGGGAGUUCUGAAUGAGUUCAUUUUAAAGAACCCCAAUCUGGAGAGCAAGAAGGACCAAAGGGAGCUGCAGGACGUGACCCAUAAAGUUGUUGAAGCCAUCGGGACAAUUGCGGGCUCCUCUCUGGAGCAAACCACAUGGCUGAGGAGAAACCUGGAGGUGAAGCCUUCUCCUCAGAUAGUUGUAGAUGGAAACAACCUGGAAGCUGAUGUAGAAGAUUUAAUGCUCACAGUGAUGGAGGCCUCCAACUUUACUCCAUCUGUGUACAGCGUUCACGCCCUCACACUCUUGGCUGAGGUGCUGGCUCAUCUGUUGGACAUGGUGUUCUACAGCGAUGAGAAGGAGAGGGUGAUCCCGCUGCUGGUUAAUAUCAUGCACUAUGUCGUGCCUUACCUCCGCAACCACAGUGCACACAACGCCCCCAGCUACCGGGCCUGCAUCCAACUGUUAAGCAGCCUCAGUGGGUACCAGUACACCCGCCGCGCCUGGAAGAAAGAGGCCUUCGACCUCUUCAUGGACCACACCUUCUUCCAGAUGGACUCUUCCUGCGUCAGUCACUGGAGAGCCAUCAUUGACCACCUGAUGACUCAUGACAAGACCACAUUCAGAGACCUCAUGACCCGGGUGGCUGUAGCCCAGAGCAGCUCUCUGAGUCUGUUCACCAACAGAGAUGCUGAGCUGGAACAGAGGGCCAUGCUGCUCAAACGCCUCGCCUUCACCAUCUACAGCAGUGAAGUGGACCAGUACCAAAAAUACCUGCCAGACAUACAAGAGCGUCUGGUGGAGAGCCUGCGUCUUCCUCAGGUGCCCAUCCUCCAUGCUCAGGUGUUCCUGUUCUUCAGGGUGCUGCUACUGCGUAUGUCACCGCAACACCUCACCUCCCUGUGGCCCACAAUGAUCACAGAACUGGUUCAAGUGUUUCUCCUGAUGGAGCAGGAGUUAACAGCAGAUGAGGACAUAUCAAGGACGUCAGGGCCAUCUGUCGCUGGGUUGGAAACCACCUACUCUGGAGGGAACGGCUUCUCCACCUCUUACAACAGCCAGCGUUGGCUCAACCUCUAUCUGUCUGCCUGCAAACUCCUGGAUCUGGCCUUGGCUCUGCCUCCUGAGAGCCUGCCUCAGUUCCAGAUGUACCGCUGGGCCUUCAUUCCAGAGGCUUCAGACGAUUCCGGGUUGGAAGUGAGACGUCAGGGGACUCAUCAGAGGGAGUUUAAGCCCUACGUAGUCCGACUGGUGAAGCUGCUGAGGAAACGGGCCAAGAAAAACCCAGAGGAGGACUGCUCCACCCGAACCCUGUCCUGGGAGCCAGGUCACCUAAUGCUGACCCUGUACGUGAUCCGCAGCAUGGAGCAACUGCUGCCGUUCUUCAAUCUGCUCAGCCAAGUGUUCAACAGCAAGGCCAGCAGCCGCUCAGGUCCUGCCUACAGCCACAACUUAGCUACAGACUCCUCCUCCUUCCGUGGCCACAAGGAGGACCACAAACUGGAGAGCCAGAAAGUGUUCUGGAGUCGAGCUCGACAGAACAUUGAGGAGAUGGUGGAGAAAGACUUUUUAGAGGGACUUAUCAAGACAUGAGACCGUAAAGAAAGAGAGCGGAACAUGGGAAUUAACACACCACUGAUUAGCACUAGUGAAAAUCCUCAACCUGUACAUAACAGAACAAGGGAAUACAAGUUGGGAAAAUAGUUUGUACAUUUUUUUAUGAUAAUGAUUAUUUACUUUUCAAAGGCUAUUGUAUUUAAUUUUAAUUAUUUGUAUAUAUGGAGCAGCUAUGAGGACUGACUUUUAACCUUUCAUGUGAAUUAUUUUGGGACAGAGUGAAGAUGCUGUGCCAUUCCAUAUUGAUGUGACUUAAUAAAGAUUUAUAAUGUGACGUUUA